UUGACGCGCGUCGCAACAUGUUUGCGUGGGUGUAGAUCGCUACGUGAUAAACAAUUUACUGUUUUCAUCUUUAUAAACUUUAAAUUGAGUUAACAACUUUGAUAUUAACUUAUUAUUGGAAUAUAAUGCACUGAUUUGUAGUUUACAUGUGUUAUUUGUGAAUUAUAUGAAAGUUUGUGGUGGUGUAUGUGUUUUGUUAUUUACCGAGUCUGGGAUAAGGAUUUUGGCGGUGCUGUGAAGGUCUAGGGCUGGCAUGAGGAAAAUAAAUGUGGGGGGAAUGUCGCGGGGCGGGGGCGCGGGCGCGGGCGGCAAGGCGGCGACGGCGAAGCGCGUGCCGCCGCCCGCGGUGCCCGGCGACGCCUUCGCCACGCCGCACCACCGCCACUCGGGCUCCAGCUUUGGCUCGCAAGGCUACGCUUCCUGCGAGGAUCAGCCCUACCCCCAGCCGCCGGACACGCCGUCUCAUACGAGAGAUGACCACUCAGACUACGGCAGCACGGUGUCGGGUGUGUCCGGUAUGUCAGGCGCGAGUGGCAGCCUGGGAAAGUCGCCGGCUGGCGGGGGCACGUUCACUUUCCCGCCCCAACCGCUUACACACAAGGCCGCCGUCUACUACCACCAUCAGCUAGCACUAAGUGACGACCAGGGGAUUGACAUGACACAGAGCCCUGGUCGCGACAGUCCCGGGUCCUCGUCAGGGUCAGCUGGGUCCGGGUCACGACACUCGUCCGCAUCGUUGGACAGCGGGCGUGCGUCAGGCCGCCUGCCGCCGCAUCACCAUCACGCAGCCUGCCACUGCGGGGACACAGAUAGAGUGCGUGCCAUGAUAUCACAGGGACUACCGGACGCGGAUAUAAUCCACGCGUGGCUAGCUGACAUCCAGAUGGAGGAGUACGCGCGGCUGUUCAUAGAGGCUGGCUACGACUUGCCGACGGUGACGCGGAUGACGCCCGAGGAUCUAACAGCUGUCGGCAUAAAGAAACCCAACCAUCGCAAACGGCUUAAAGCAGAGCUCGCAAACCUCAACGUGCCUGAUAACCUGCCUGAUUAUAUACCGGGUUCGUUAGAGGAGUGGCUGCGCUUGCUCCGGCUGGAGGAGUACGGGCCGGCGCUGGUGGCGCAGGGCUACCGCACCGUGCAUGACGUCACACAACUCGCAUGGGAGGAUUUAGAAGAUAUGGGUAUAGUUCGACUGGGUCAUCAAAAGAAAAUCCUCCUGGCCAUCAAGAGAGUGAAGGACAUCAGAGCCGGCAAGCGCAGCAUCAGCAGCCAGGGCUCGCUCGACUUCACGCGGCUGCCGGGACAGGAUUUAUAUCCGAGAGAGCUACAUUACCAGCCGUGGGAGAGGCACGCGAGGAGUUACCAUAAACCCCCCGAUCUAAACUUUGACGCCAUACCAACGCCCCUGAGUGCCACAGACUUGGUUCCUAUCCAGAUCCGUCAUCCUCGCGGUAAAUCCUUGGAGAGUCUAGAAGAUCCCUCCGAGAGGACUUCACAUACGACUUUUUCUCCCGAAGCGGGCUUCUACUACGGCGGCGGCCAGUGGAGGCGCUCCUACGACGACGGCGACAUCACCCCCACCAACGACAGCUCGUACGAGGGAGGGGGUACUUUACCGCGUCCGAGGGGUUUAGUCCGUCCUCGACCCGUGGCGAAGAUACAAGCCACGCCCGCAUACAGAGACAAAUCGCCGGAUUACACAUACGAUGAGAUCGCGUAUUCAGCUAGAUUGCAGCGCGUGGCGUACGGCGCGAGUCCCCACGUGGCCAGGAAGCCCCCGCCCGAGCCGCCGAAGCGCCAGAGCUCUCAGUACGCGCCGUUCACGCGGUUCGGACAGACUACUGUGGAGAUCCAUCCAGAGAAGAGUCUGCCGCUGUCCCUGCCCGCGUACCCCAGCUCGGACUCGCUGAGCGUGUCGCUGGACAGCACGGGCCUGCUGCCGCCGCCGCCCGCGCCCUCCUCCCCGCCGCGCAGGUACGAAGAGGACAAGAUGAGGACUGGCUCUGAUGCUAGCUUUAAGUCAAGCUCGAGCACCGAAUCUGACAGCAUUCCGUUCGCGAACGAGAAUGCGGGUACAAUAAAACAGAACCGCGGCCAGAUCGGCGGGCGGCCGCACACCGUGGACUACGGGCGCGGCGGCAUCGGGCUGUCGGCGCUGCCGCCGCGCCCCGCCGCCGACAUGAAGCCGGCGCCCGCGCACGCGCACGCGCUGCCCGACCACAAGGAGGAGGGCAAGAGCACGGAGCCCGUCGACGUCCUCAACGACAUCGGCAACAUGCUCGCCAACCUCACGGACGAAUUGGACGCCAUGUUGGAAGAAGAGAAACGUCAAGGCCUGACUGAUUCCUAAAAUAAGCUAAUGGAUUCGUGUUUAAAUUAAAACAAAUUAAUGUUUCAUUUCCAACUCGAAUAGUUGAAAUUUUAGUUUAGUAUUCAUGUAUCGAAAACGACAAAUUCCAAAGAAUAGUACUAUUAGUACGGUGAAUUGUGGUUGAUGAUUUUCAAUCGAUGUGAGAGUAUUUGCCAUCUAUUAUUUUUCGUACUUUAAAAAGUGACAAUUGGACAAUUUUUGUGACUGUAUACAAUUUUAAUAAUGAUGAAGCCAUACAAUAAAUUCAAAAACAUUAAUCCAUGACAUGAAACAACACUUACAUUUUCUAUGAUCGCAUAUUGUCAAUGAUGCUUCUCGAUGCAGGGUUCAUACUGUAGAGUUGACUGUAGUUAUAUAGACGAAGAAAUACUUGUUUUUUUAAAUAACAAAUACAAUGUAGUAGUUUGUCAAAAAAUAUUAAAUGCUCUUUACUUGCCUACUUCGAUUGUUGUCUACUUUUAAUUUACCAGAAGCCGAUUUGACAUUUUAAGAAAACAACUUACAAUAUUGCCAACAUUGCAAUUCGGAUUUGUCUAUGGUAUUAUUUUGACAUAUGAUACAAAAUACAUAUUUUGACAUAUAAUUUUGACAAACAAUUUAUUACAUUUUAAACUUGGAAAACGUUAAAACGUUUGUUUUGAUUUAAUAUGAAACAAGUAGUGUACCUAAUCGUUAAUAACAUUUUUGUUGACAUUUAUUUAAUACUAAUUAGUUCCUUAUUUAACUUUUAAAUAAUGUAUUGUUUUAAUUUCAUUUGGGGGUUAUGAAAUGUUAGAUUUUGUAAGGAUCCGUAAUAUAUGAGAAUGGCUAUUUUUGUAAAUAAAGUUUUACUUAAAUUAUGUCAUAGAUAAAAUAUAUCCAGUAGCUAGUUUUCCAUGUACAAUAAAAUGUUAGGUUACAUGUAGAAUGGACUAGUUAGAAUUUAUACAAAAUGAUUAGUACUAGAUAUAGAUUAAAAUAGCGACUUCAAUAAAUGUAUUAUAGUCAUUUGAUAUGAAAUAGAUAUAUAGACCUCAUCAUAGACGUUGUAAAUGGACCUUCUUAUAUUACUUAAGGACAUGCCCAUUGCCAUCUCACUUAAAUUAAACAUAAAUUGCUUGUCUCUAUUUAAAAUUUCUUAUCUGUAUAAAACAUUUUCCUUUUAAUAUACUCUCACAAUGUACAAGCUAUUUGUAUCACGGAUUUUAGUUAUGCAAAAUAAUUUGUUUAAGCAUAAAACUUUUAAAUAUUUUCGUUACAUUGUUUACACAUUAUUGCUAUAAUUAGAUGACCAUUUUUCGUCUCCUUUCGCAUGUCAGCAUAGUAUGUGAUAUCCAGUGGCCAUAAAAUAUUUUUCUACCAGCAGUUAUAAUAAGUUUCAAUAGAAAAUUAUGUUCAGUUUUUAGUUAACGUCGUUACCGAACGUUUAAAAUUGCCAUUGUUAAUACAAAGUACAAUAACUCCAAUAAUACACACAAAUAGUCUGCAACAUUAGUAUAAAAUGUACCUACAUUUUAAUAACGGUAUAAUGUAGAGUACUUACGGAAUAUUUUAAGCUUUGUACUGUAAAUAUCUGUAAUAGAGAUAAAUGUUUCUAUACAGUCUCCUUUGAUACCUAACAUUUCGUAUUUAGUAAUUUUGUAUAACUACUGUUUAAAACAUUAAUUGUGCCGUCACUCUUAUUAAUAAAGAUUUUUUUAAUGUCGAUAGAAUAGGAAGGUGCUAAACAUGAAUACGGCGAAGUAUGUUUUACAACGUUGCAAUAAAGAGGUCUUUUUAAGAAUAUGUUUACUUCGGUUCUGAACUAGUCAAAAUUUUCUUUUCGAGUGGCGGCUAGGGAGAGCGGUGAACUUGAAGUUUUAUUUUAAUUUUUUGCGACAAUAUAUUAAUGGCUGCUUAACAUUCUCUUAUUUUAGUUCGGUUCUUAUUUGAAUAAAAUAUUUGUAAUAUUUGAAA